AUGAUGUCUUCCGCAAACAUGCAAAAUGAACCCACCGACUACAGUGGCAUCUCCCCUCAGGUACCACCACAGCCAUUGGAUAAAGAAGCGAUGCAUCAUAUACAUAUGCUGGUCAAGGAUUUGACUAUACCAGAGAAGCGUGAGAACGCUCUGGUCGACUUGAGCAAGAAGAGAGAGAGCGUACCCGAUCUCGCUCCAAUCCUCUUGAACUCAUUUGGUACGAUAGCGGCAUUGCUGCAGGAGAUCGUCUCUAUCUAUCCCCUGUUGUCGCCGCCCAAGCUUAAGGCACUGCCAUCGAACAGAAUAUGCAAUGCACUGGCCUUGCUCCAAUGCGUGGCAUCACAUCCCGAAACAAGAACCUUUUUCCUUCACUCGCACAUCCCACUCUUCCUCUAUCCAUUUUUGAAUACAUCUAGCAAGAACAGACCUUUCGAAUACCUCAGACUCACAAGUUUAGGUGUAAUUGGCGCGUUGGUAAAGAUUGACGAUAGUACUGUUAUAGACUUCUUGUUAUCAACAGAGAUAAUGACAUUGUGUGUUCGAAUCAUGGAGACAGGAUCUGAGCUCUCAAAGACGGUCGCAACAUUCAUUGUUCAAAAGAUCUUGUUGGAUGACAUGGGACUGACCUACAUCUGUGCGACAAACGAGCGUAUCACAGCCUUCUUGCUGGUGUUGAAGAACAUGGUGGUGUCGCUGCUGGAUCAGCCAUCGGCACGUCUGCUCAAGCACGUCAUCCGAUGCUAUCUGCGCCUCACUGACAAUCCCAAAUCACGCGAACUUCUUCGACAAUACCUGCCCGUCUCACUGCAAGACGGCAGCUUCAACUCACAUCUCAAGGACGACAAAGACUUCACCAUCAAGAAAUGGCUGCAGCAGCUACUGUACAUCAUGAAUCCACAGCAAGAACAAUUCAACCCGAACCCAUCGAUCAACACGCCUCCUCUCUCCAUCCACCAGAGCAGCAUCAGUGCCGCCAUCAAUCAAUCACUGUCCAGAAACCUACAGCAAUCCAACAAGCAC